ACCUGUAAGGCGGGACUUACAUUUCUACAUCCGCCAUAUUGGGCGUUCCAAUUACUCCCGUUCAUUUUAAUAUAAGUGCUCCACCUCCUACUAAAUCGUCUCUGUUUUUAGUCUCUUCUUGCUAACCGCCAUUCUGUCAGAACCGGAUACAGCGAGGGAGUCGGUACAGUCGGAAGUUUGUAGACCGUUGCAAGUGUGUUUUGUUCUAUUCGUUUUCUCAUAUGUCCAGCAAUAAUUUUUCACUGGUAAUAAGGCUGUUUGUCUCAGUUAGAUCAGGUGUUUGAUAAAUUGGCACGGAAACGGUGGGAAUGGUUUAAUAAUCUACGGCUCGGUUCACUCUUGGUAGAGUUUCGGAUCUCCAGCUUCACCCGGUUUACCGGGCAGGUUCAGCUUGCACAGUUUGUCGCUGGAUAUGGCAGGCGGAUUGAAAGAGGGAUUCUUGCGUCUCGGGUACUAUCUGCUGGACCCGGAGCACGUCGCGCGCUUCCAGCGACUAUGCGGGGUGCGCGGGACCGACACGCGUGUCAAAGUCAUUAACGGGGCACCGUGUAUCCGCCACGGGGAUGUUCAAAACGGAGGUGGGGAUGGCAUCCGCCGGAGAACAGCAGAAGCUGAGACCGACGGGGAGAAGCGCAAAAACGGUGAGGCGAACGGGGCGGUAGUGCCUGCUUCAAGAACCGGGAACGGUCAGCCCGGCGGGCGAGACCCAGAUGAGCAUCUGGAGGACGGCUCUGAACCGGACGAUGCUCGGGGAUCCACGGUGAAGCCGUUGCGCAGAAACUCUCUCACCGGAGACGUCGGCCAGGAGUUUGUCAUCGAGAACAAGUUUCUCUUCUACCUUUUCACGUUCGGUACCGAGCUUGGGAAUGAGCUGUUCUACAUCAUGUUCUUCCCGUACUUCAUGUGGAACGUGGACGCGUACGUCAGCCGGCGGCUCGUCGUGGUCUGGGUGUGGGUUAUGUAUCUCGGACAGUGCACGAAAGAUGUGAUCCGUUGGCCGAGGCCCGCCUCUCCGCCGGUGGUCAAAGUGGAGAUGUUCUAUAACUCUGAGUACAGCAUGCCCUCCACUCAUGCCAUGUCCGGUACAGCCAUACCGGUGAGCCUGUUCCUGCUGACCUACGGUCGGUGGGAGUAUCCAUUGUUGCUGGGUCUCUCUCUGGCUCUCAGCUGGUGUGUGCUGGUGUGUUUGAGCCGCAUAUACAUGGGCAUGCACUCCAUACUGGAUAUCAUUGCCGGUGUCCUCUAUAGUUUGCUGAUCCUGGUGGUCUUCAGUCCUGCUCUGGACAUCAUUGACACCUUUAACUGCACUCAUCGUUUUGCCCCUCUCCUCAUUAUUUCUCUUCACGUGGGACUGGGCCUCUUCUCUUUCACCCUGGACACCUGGAGCACCUCGCGUGGAGACACCGCCCAAAUCCUGGGCUCUGGGGCGGGUAUUGCCUUGGCAUCCCACAUCAACUACAAACUGGGCCUGCUGCCAGACCCACCUGCGUCGAUGCUGCCUCUCUAUCCUCAACCUCUCACUCUUAGCUUGAUCGGGCUGUGUCUGCUUCGCUUUUUCCUGGGUGUCAUCAUUCUCCUGGCUACCAGAGCCGUAAUGAAGGCUCUCACCAUCCCGCUUGUGUGUCGGAUCGUUGGGAUUCCGAGUGACGACGUUCGGAAGGCCAGGCAGCACAUGGAGGUGGAGCUGCCAUAUCGAUAUAUCGUCUAUGGAACGGUGGGGGUCAAUGCAUUUUUUCUUGUGCCUUUCCUUCUUGGACAUAUGGGCCUGAUUUGAUUAGGUGGAAGAGACAUCCGAUGAGCUUUCAGCCAAUAAGAGCCCAUUUGGACUGCAUAGGCCCCUCCCCAAUCAAUGAUUGAUUAGAACAAAUGCCAGUCAUUUUACACUAAGCUGCAGCUGCACCUUGCAAAUGUUCCAUAAAUAUAAAUUGUCCUCCUUCGUUGUUGUUCAUUUAUAUUUUAGAAAAUUAUCAAAUCUGAACACCUGUAUUUGGUGUUAUCCUUGAUUCAGAAAAUUCUGCCCUUUUCUAUAUAGUUUGCAUUGCCUAUAUUGAUAUAUAUAUAUUCUAAUCUAAAAUCUUAUUAGAAAAGUUUGUAUCUUAAAGAGCUUUUCAAAGUUUUCUCAAGCAAUACAGUGGUUUAUUGUAUGUUUAAUUAUCAUACACUUGAGGCUAGUUUCGUUAAUACCAUGGUAAGUUUUUGUUAGGAGGACUCAAACUCUUGCAUCAAGAGUUGAAAAUGCUUCAUGCUAAGAGAUGGAAAUCUCUCAGCUUUGUUUUGUCACUGAUCAGGUGAAACUGAUGCAUAUGAGUGUUAAUCUGUCUACCAUAGAUUGGCCAAAACUGUUGACAGCAUUUAUAUUUCUCUUGUUUCAGAGACUCGAAAAAAAUUAAAAGAAAUGUUCACCCAAAUUUGAAAAUCUUGUCAUCAUUUUCACUGCCCCAAUGUCAUUAAAAUUACAUACUGUCUUCUGUGAAACACAAGGCAAGAUUUUCAGCAAAAUAUCAGCAUUCUUUUGCAUACAAGGAAAGUGGAUGGUUAAUUGUACUACUAAGCUCCGAAAAGGACAAAAAUCACUGUAAAAGGAUAAUAAAUGAAGUAGUCCAUAUGACUUGUGUGCUAUAUUUCAAGUCCUCUGAAGACAUACGAUAGCUUAAUGUGAGGACCAGACUGAAAUUUAAGGCAAAUCUCAUUGCGUUUAUUUUUUAUUUUUAUAUAUAUAUAUAUAUAUAUAAAUAAUGGCGUUUGCCAUCAAAAGCCACUCCUAUCAUAAUGGUUAGCGAUUUGGGAUUAGCGUACCUUUUUGGUACUUUUGGUGUUCCAGAUGUGUAGCCUCUGUUCUAAUACAGAUCUAUUGCUCCAAAGACUCUUCCUUCUUUUUGGAUGAACAUUUUUUAAGCAUUGGCUGCCUUAUCUGACCACUUAGGAACUAGAUUUCCAGGUUAAACCCAACCAUGGUUGUUGUGUACAUUAAAAGUCUUGGCGAUGCACUAGUGAUUCUGAAUAUUGUUUAACAUUUGAAUUGGUUUUAUAUGUUUCAUUGUUUUUAGAUCGAAUACAUGUCAAGAAGUCUGACUUAAAAUCAAAUUGUUUUAUAUUGUAAAUUUCUCAAUCUGCUCUCAUUCCCUGUAAGUUGCUACUUUAAUACGGUACUGUGUGUAUGUUUAUAAGUAUGUGUGAUUUUAUUAUUCUCAAUGAAAAGGCACCACUAUUAUGAACAGAGUAACAAAUGCAUACAAUAGUAUUUAGGAGUGUUUUAAGUCAUAUUGCAACAAAGUAAACUUCAGGGUUGUCCAGUCUUGUUGCCUUUUCAUAAUCAAGGUUGUGUUUAAUGUAUAGUUAAGAUGUAUAUGUGAUACUGUUUUAAAAUGCACUGUUCCCAGAAUGCACUGCUCUGCUAUCUGCUGUUGUAUGUCUGUGUUGCUGUGUUGACUUGCGCUUGGGCUUGCGUGACAUGGCCGAUUGUGUGUGUUUUUACCCUUCCUGUGGCCUUGUGUGUCUUGCACACAUGCAAGUUCCUUUUUUUGUGCUGAAAAGGAAGGUAAAUUCCCAUUUCGUCAUUUUUGUUAUCAUAAUUGUUUUGGAUUCACAGAACAAUGAGAAAAAAAAAUACAAAUUCUAUCAACUGGAGCAAAUGUUAACUUUUGCCCAUUCACUGAUGUAUUCAUUUAAAACAAUUCAGAUUGCCAUCAUUUUAAAUUCAGAGGACGUAUGGAAGAGAAAUGAUGGACAGCACAUGGGUAGGGAAGAAUAAGCAAAAAUCUAUGUUUCUUUUGUUGUGAGUGACCAACUGUGUGUGUUCCUUACUGCAAGAUUCCCUGAGUGAUUUUGUAAAAUAAAUCUGUGGUGGGUUUGUGAAUAGCAAUAGUUAGCAUUUAUGCACUAGUAAAGCAGAAACUCAGAGAAAACGUACAAUUUCCAGGUUAUAAAGUAACCCAUUAUUUAACUAAAAGUGUUUUUAUGACCAAAUAUAGUACCUCCAGAUAGUAGCUGUCUUUAAAUAAACUAUGUAAUGUUUCUAUGAAAAGGCUAAGAUGGGAAUCUGCAUCUGCCGAUUUUUGCAGAUUUGAAACGGCAGUCAUUCACAAAGUUUUACAUGACCCCCACUCCUUGCUUGUUAAAUAUUUUUGGCUAAUUUUAUAAUGCUCUUAGCUACCAAUAAAAGUGUAGUAAUCUCAGGUCCCCCACAUCAGUGCAGAAAAUAUAAGGAAGUCCCACAGAUUCCAUAUGGGCCUGUUCCAUGACUCAGAUUAAGCUGUUGUCGUGAGAAACUAGUCCAUUGGUCAAAUUCUCAUUUAAAAGUGCAUUCUUUUCUGUGUUUUGGCUUCCUGUGGGUUUUACAGGCAAGACUAUGACUUAAUCUGGAUAAACAGAUUCUAAAUUAACUACCACACAAUGCCUUUUUUUUAUUAAAAAAAUGUUGAUAUUCUGUGGUGUUUGAUAUUGAUGAACACAGCGACUCUUAUUCAGAGUGGUUUCUUUUUCUUACUGUUUUUGUAUGUGACAAAUCUGAACUGAAAAAAUUGAACUGGGGAUGAGAAUGACUGAUUGCUGCUCGGUCCACCCUGGUUUGUCCAUGAUUACAUCCUGUUUACUAUGUUCGCAAACAAGCAACAAAAAUAAAGUUUGAGGAUCAGCAUCUU